AUGGAAUCAGAUUGGGCAUGCCUUCCAGAAGACCUUCUUAUUUUGAUUUUGGACAAGUUAGUAUCACUUUCAGACUAUGUUCGAUUUACUGCUGUUUGCAUGCCAUGGCACUCCGUUGCCUUAGACAAGUACCGAGGGGAGAGGCCACUCAAACUUUCCAUGCAUCAACCUCCACUGCUAUUUUUAACUCACAGUGCUCAACCGUCUAGUGAAGGAGAAACUACAUUUAGCAUAUACAAUGUCAGCGAAAACAAGGCAUGUAAGUUAAAAACAUUCAUACCAUGUGAUACACAGAGCACAUAUCAUUAUGGUGAUUCUUAUCAUGGAUGGAUGAUUAGUGCGGAUGAGGAGUAUGUCAUUUCCCUAUCAAAUCCAUUUUGCUCCAAGGUUAAAGGAGCCGAUGAUUAUGGGAUUAUUCGGCUCUCACCGUUUUCACAAUAUUGCUAUACUUACAACAAGGUUAUAUUGUCAGCUAACCCAAUAAUGGCUCCUGAUGAUUAUUCGGUCAUGGUCAUCUAUAACGAUGGUCAAUUGGCUUUCAUUAGGCCGGGUGAUGAUAAAGGAUGGACAUGUAUAGAGAAAAGUUGUGAUUUUGUUGAUGUUAUUUAUUCCAAAGCAGGUCUGUUUUAUGCCCUUGAUGAAUUUGGUUCAGUCAAAAUUUGUCAUAUUAGUGAACAUUCUCCCGAGUUGAACGAGGUUGCACCAAGGCUUUCACCUGAUCUCCUGCUUUGUCCCAACUUGACCCCGGUUUUACCUAACUACACCUUGUAUAAUGCCUAUACUUUGAAGAAUCAAUAUAUUGUGGAAUCACCGGGUGGAGAUCUACUACAAAUUUUAAGGCUUGUUGUUACUGGUCUUUUUUAUAAUUAUGAUGACAAGCGGAAGCAGCGAAUAACAACAAGUACGACGUUGACAGAAGGGUUCGAGGUAUUUGUUCUGGAUGGGAAGCCGAAGUGGGUUGAAACAAAGAGUCUAGGUGAUGGAGCCUUGUUCUUGGGUGAAAAGACUUCAACCUAUGUGUCGGCUUCUGACUUCCCUGGAUGCCAGCCGAAUUCUAUAUACUUCACAGAUCGUCAAAAUGACACUUGUUUUGCUUCUAAUUAUGACAUGAGCAUCUUUAACUUGGGAGAUGGAAGCUUUCAGCGAAAUUGUGUAUUAAAGUUCCUGUCUACUAGAAAAAAUAUAAAAAAGUUCAUGCCUCAUCCGGUAUCGUGGUGGUCGCCACCAUGUUGGAUCCAGCCAACGUUUCAACUAGAGUCAGCAUAG